CAUAUACUUCUCCAAAACUCUUGUUCGGAAUCACAAGCGAGAACUUGACAAGCCACCCACAUGUGAUAUCUCUAAGAUAGAAAACAUGAACCCGAAUGAGAGCUGCAUUUCUAUUAUUAAUAACCAAUCAAUAGCCCAGCAGAAGAUGCAUACCUCUGUUGAGUACAGAGAUUCCUACCAGACAUACAAUGAUUUCAGGAAAGAUAGAACUACUAGGGUGACUACACACCCUGAUGAGUCCAUGGAGUCCUUUAUGAAGCGGCCAACUUAUGACUCUAGAGAGGCAAUGUAUCCUUCUAAGUUUUUAUCCUACGAGGAGGAUCCUCUAUAUGAUAAAUCUAUCGAGAGUCAAACUUUCUUCAAGUCUCAUCAUGACAAAAGUCGAGCCUACGUGACUACAGCUCCUCUGUUCAAGAAUAAACGAGCUAUGCUGGAUCGUAAAGAGAGAAUUGAGGAGAUCAGAGAUUUCAAGGAGAUGAACAAGUCUAUGCUCAACAUGUUUAGCAAGCACAAUAAAACUCAUCUAACUCUGAAAGUCAAGAAAGCCAACGAGAUUAGAUCCAUUAUGAAGAGAGAACAGUCUCGAGAGAAAGCCAGGAACCUCAAGAUGCUUAAAUAUCUUAAUAAAAAGGAAAAACAAAGGAAUCUUAUUGUCCGAACCCAGCAGAGCCAAGAAAGGAAGAAUCGAAAUUUGUUGCAGAAGAUCAGGGUCAACAGAUCUGCGCAAAAUAGAAGAGCCAAAAGAGAAGAUCAGCAAUUCGUCAGUAACUUUACUCAGGCAAAGAACAUCAUUGAAAAGCAAAUGUUCAAAGGAAUGAUGAUCAAAGAGAGACGUAACAUAAGGACAGAAAAUUGCAAACGGAAGGAAGAGGUCAAAAAUGCCAAGAUUUUCAUUAACCAUCAAGCAAUCCCAAAUAAGGUAUUUGAUACAUCAGUCUCUCAUCCAAUGAUGUUUAAUUCCUUCAUCUCAAAUGAAGGGGACAGUCAAGAUUCCACUAUCUACACUGGUGAUAGACAGUAUGAUAAUAAUGACCAGGUUUCUACAAUGUAUGGACAGAGCUUCAUAGAUUUCCCCCAGUAUACUAAGAAAGAGAAGAUGCAAGACAGAAGGCUCCGGUCACAGAAAUCCUUCAGAAACACUAAUAAAACUGUAUAUCCUAAGACAUCUGCUAGGAGCAAGAUGAGGGGCAAUACCAAGCUUAAGAAGAGAAAGUCCUAUAUUCAAAAAUAAGAAUUUCAAUAUUUU